GCCACCCGGUAGUUUCUGAUGGAUGAUGUUGGCGAUUACAGCGCGCUGAUUUGCUCGUCCAUUGCGGCCGUGCCUCGCCUGGCGUUCGCUGAAGCGAGAGCCCGAGGAUGUGAGGCUGUCUGAAUCCCCCAUUAGGUUCCUCCAGCAUGAAGAAGAGAAGCGCCUGAGCGGCGGCGGCGGCAGAUUUCGGCAGGAUGCUCCGGCUGUUCGCGGCUCUGGUGAUUGUUGGGCUGCUGCUCGCGUGCUUCACUUCCUGGCUGGUUGACAGCUAUGACACCGCCUGGCAUCCGAAGCGCAGUUUACAUCAGUCCAGAAAGACUGGCCCACCGAAUCCCAGCGGCCAGCUGGACAAUAUAUUUUGGUUUGUGCAGGUUUCCGACAUCCAUAUCAGUCGUUUCCACGAUCCGAAGCGCAUUCCAGACUUCGAAAGGUUCUGUAGAGACACUAUUGAUGUGAUAAAACCUGAUCUUGUGCUGGCCACAGGGGACUUAACAGAUGCGAAGACUGAGAGUAAACUGGGCUCUCUUCAACAUGAAGUGGAGUGGCAGGCCUACCACAAUGUCCUUAAAAGAUCACGAGUGCUGGAACGAACAAAAUGGAUUGACAUUCGGGGAAACCAUGAUGCCUUUAAUAUUAUUUCACUGGAGAGCGUGAACAAUUAUUACAGGAAAUACUCUGCCAAUCAGAAAGUUGGAUCCUUCCACUACAUACACAGAACUCCUUUUGGGAACUACUCGUUCAUUUGUGCCGAUGCCACUCUGACCCCAGGACCCAAACGGCCCUAUAACUUCUUUGGGAUUAUCAAUCAGACUCAGAUGGACAUGUUGGCCACCUUUCGAGAGGAGAGUCUGAGCAGUAACAAGUCCAUCUGGUUUGGACAUUAUACUACAUCUACUGUCAUCUCCCCCUUCCCAGGAAUCCGAGAGCUCAUGAGUACAGCCGUGGCGUAUUUGUGUGGGCACCUACAUACACUAGGAGGCUUCAUGCCGGUACUGCACAGUCGACAUCAAGGAGGCACACUGGAGCUAGAGCUGGGAGACUGGAUGGAAAACCGCAGGUAUAGGAUAUUGGCUUUCGACCAUGACCUGUUUAGUUUCACUGACUUGACGUUUGAAGACUGGCCAGCUGUGCUGAUCACCAAUCCCAAAGACGCCCAGUACCUGCAUCCAGGAGUGGAGCCUCUGGGUCGUAUCCGCAGUUCCACACACAUCAGGCUCCUGGCUUUCUCUGAAUCUUCAAUCACAGCUGUGCGUGUGAGUGUGGAUGGAGCUUCACUGGGGAAAGCGUUUAGCGCAGGGGGUCCUUUAUAUGUGCUGCAAUGGGAUCCAACGCUAUAUGCUACUGGGCUGCACACUAUCAGAGUUAAAGUGGAGGACUCGGCAGGUCGCUCAAAAGUGCGAGAGCAGCAGUUCACACUGGAGGAAGACCUCACUCCCAGCUUCGGCUUCAUGCAGUCCUUCAUCCUCCUCACAGACCACUACAUACUGGCACGGAUUGCCUUUGUGGCAAUAGUAUUACUAAACCUUGCUGGGCUUGUGCUCUUCAGAUUUAUGCCUGUAUCUUCUACAAGAGGACUGUCUUCUCAAGCAUGGAUGUCCCUGCAUCUUGUCAGUAAGAGCAACAUGUUCUUCUACUCUCUGUUGCUGUUCAACCUGUGUACAGCAUUAGGGCCAUGGUUCAUUGGGGAAGUCAUUGAUGGACACAGUGGAGCCUGCUUUGCCUUUGGCGUGUUUGUGGACGGGCAUUUCCUCGAAGGCAGUCUGACCUAUGUCGUGGGAGUCAUACAGGUGCUCUUCUUCAAUAUGCCUCUCACUUAUUACCUCUGCUGGAGUCUUCACCACAGGUGUCGCGGCACCAGCUUCCGCUCGCAUUUCUGUCGGCCGGGCAGCCGCUGGAGGACUCUGGUGAUGCACAUAGGCAUGCUGGUCCUCAUGAUCUGGCAGGCCUAUUCUUGCUACUUCCUGCUGGAGACCUAUGGGGCACUGGCCUUCUUCCUGUCUCCCGUACGUACCUGGGCUCUGCUCAUGGGCCUGCUGUUAGUGUACAGGGCAUGGUGGGGAACGCCUCCUAGUCUCUCUGGUGGCAGUAAGACCAACCGGCCGUUGUGACGGUUGAAGAGAGGCCUUCACCUGUAUCGUUGUGACGGACAUUGUUUUGUGCCAAGCUCUUCCCUUCUUACACCACUGUCUUCACGGUCACCGAAUUGCCAAUCGUUCCCAUGACGCGUUAGGAUAGAAAAAAAUAGUCUUUAGUUAAUAUGAAGCGAUGAUGGCAUCACAUGUGGAUGACGGAGCCGUUGCAAACCUGGUUCUGAUCCUCCUUUGACACUAAGACACGUUGGUAGUUUUUGUAGUCAGUUCUCACUGUUGUGAACCCAAGCAGUGUUAAGUCCAGAUGUGUGUAGUUAAGCAUACCUAUUACUUUGAUAAACUACGCAUUAUGUACUCGUCAGAUUAUGUUUGUUUUUUAUUUGUGAUGAGCAAUCAAGAAAGGAAUAAGACUGCCUGAUAUUCUUAAUCAAUGUUUCUGCAUGAAACUGCCACCACUCACCGAGAGGUCAGUCAGUAUGAGUACUCUCAUAUUAUUUUAAUGCAUAUAAACUACACUGUAAAGAGAGGAUGAUAUCACCAAAUUUGCUUACACCUGUAGACGAGGUAUAAAAUGUAAAGGAUCAUUUAAGGGAUGAAGCUGGUCAUUAUCGGCUAUAGAUUAUUUCUUUAUUUUCUCCACCAAUGAAAAUAGUUUCAAAAGAAGCCAAAGCAUCAAGCUUUGCAUGUCACUAAUGUGUAUGUGAGCGUAAUGGAACACUGCUCGGUCGAUCAGAUUAGACCAGGGGCGUCCAAUCUUGCUCUUGAAGGGCCAAUAUCAUGCAGAGUUUUGCUCUAACACACUUGCCUGGAAGUUUCUAGUGAGUCUGAAGACCCUGAUUACUUUGGUUCAAGUGUGUUAAAUUAGAGUUGGACCUAAACUCUGCAGGACAGUGCUGAAUUUGUCACCCCUGGAUUAGACGAUCAAAACUAUAAUGACCAGAUGACUGUACAUUAUUCCACUUAAUACACCACUAAUUAACAAAAUAAAUAUUGAAUUUGAGCUUUUAUUAUUUUAUUGCUAGACGAAAACUGCACCGUGAUAAAAGGGACAUGAAAUUGCGUUGGACAAUGUUAAAUUGUAUAGUUUAGCAGUCAUCGUACAAAAAAAAUAGUUGACGCAGAAUGUCAACGUUGGUUGGCAAGAAUUUGUCAGAAGUAAAGGGAUAGUUCACCCAACAUUGAAAAUUCUGUCAUCAGUUACUCAACCAAAC